AUGACACACGACUCUGAUAAUGAAUAUCACGAAGUAGAUGAUGAAAUUAGUGAUGCAGAGAGUAUUGUAUCGGAUCAUGAAAGUGAGUCCGAUCAAGAAAUAUCUGAAGUUUCCGAAAAUGAAACCGAUAGCUCAGAAUAUAGUUCUAAUGAAACUGUUGAACAAAAUAUACGUUCUCAAAAUUUUAUUAAUGGAAAAAACAGGUACAAAUGGUCUUUACAGCCUUUUCCACAGAGACGUACUCGAUCUGAUAAUAUAAUAUCACAUCUUCCUGGUGUAGUUGGCUCUGCAAAAAUAAUUAAUAGUAGUAAUCCAAUUGAUUUUUGGAACAUUUUAUUUGAUAAUAUGAUGAUUGAAAAAAUUACUGAUUACACAAAUGUAAAAAUAACUGAACUAUCGAUUUCAUAUGGUAACACAAGUACAUUUACUGGGCACACAGACAUUAUUGAAAUUAAAGCAUUUAUUGGUUUAUUGUAUUUAUGUGGUAUCUUCAAAUCGGGCAUGGAAGAUGUAGAAGGACUUUUUGCUACUGACGGUACUGGUAGAGACAUAUUUCGCGCGACAAUGUGUUUGAAACGGUUUUUAUUUUUGCUUUCAACUAUUCGUUUUGACAAUAUAAUAUAUGAUAGAGAUGAUAGAAAAGAAUCGGGUGAUCGUGUAGCUCCAAUAUCAGAGUUGUUUCAAAUGUUUUUGGUAAAUAGUCAAUCAAAUUAUUCAAUGUCUGAAUAUUCUACAGUUGAUGAAAUGCUGGUUCCUUUUAGAGGGCGGUGCUCUUUUCGCAUGUAUAUGAAAAGCAAACCAAAUAAAUACGGACUCAAAGUUACGUGUUUAUGUGACGCAAAAAACCACUAUUUGUAUAAUGCAUUUAUUUAUUGUGGAAAAAAUAAUGUUCCAAAUCCUAAAAAGUUUGCAAUACCUACAUUAAAUGUGUUAGAACUUGUAACACCUAUUUUUAAUUCAAAUAGAAAUAUAACUGGGGAUAACUGGUUUUCUUCCAUAGAACUAAUAACUGAAUUAAAACGACAUGGCCUAACAUACGUGGGAACAUUACGUAAAAAUAAAAGAGAUAUACCAUCACAAAUUGUUCCUAACAAACAAACUGAAGUAAAUACAACAAAGUUUGCAUUUACCAAAGACAUAACAUUAUUAUCGUUUGUUCCAAAAAAGAAUAGAUACGUGUUGCUUUUAUCUUCUAUGCACCAUACGAAUACAAUAAAUCCGGAGAAUUCAAAACCAGAAAUUAUUGAAUUUUAUAACCAAACGAAAGUAGGAGUUGACGCUUUGGACCAAAAGUGUGCAGUCUAUUCAAGACUUCGACGUACACGAAGAUGGCCACUCGCUAUAUUUUACGCCAUGUUAGAUAUUGCUUCUGUGAAUUCACGUGUUUUAUAUAGUUGCAAAAAUAUAAACUCACCAAUACCACGUCGAAUGUUUGGAAUAAUAAUAGGAAAAGAGCUUAUUAUUCCUCAUAUGAAACGACGACUAUUACAAGAAAGACUACCUAGAGAAAUACCACAAAUUAUUAAAAAAAAUACCAGGAGAUAA